UUUCCGGGUUGGGCGGUGGUGGUACCGGCACCAUGUCGUGCGCCCUGGUUCCCUUCGGCCACUUCCAGGACCUGGAGGCGGCCCGCGACUUCCUGUGCCCGCACCGCCGCCAGGGCAGCGCCGCGGCCGGCAGGGAGAGUGGCAAAUCAACAAGCUGGGAAGAUGGUGGCUGGGGAGCCUGGGAUGAAGCAGAAUUACAAGAACCUGAAGAAGAGGAAUCUAACUCCAAGAACCAGAGAAGUUACUGGCUUCAGGACUGUGUGUUGUCCUUGUCACCAACAAAUGACCUGAUGGUAAUAGCUAAUGAACAGAAAGCAGUCUUUUUAGUGCCUAAAUGGAAGCACAGUGACAAGGGAAAAGAGGAAAUGCAAUAUGCUGUUGGCUGGAGCGGCUCUCUGAAUGUUGAAGAAGGUGAAUGUGUGAGUAGUGUAUUGUGUAUCCCGUUGGCAAGUCAGAAGAGGAGUUCCACGGGCCGUCCUGACUGGACCUGCAUUGUUGUUGGCUUCACCUCUGGCUAUGUUCGUUUUUACACCGAGAGUGGCGUUCUGCUUCUUGCCCAGCUUUUAAAUGAAGAUCCUGUCCUACAGCUUAAGUGCAGAACCUAUGAAAUUCCCAGGCAUCCUGGUGUCACAGAACAGGUUUUGUCAGAUUAUUUCAAAAGCGAAGUGGCAGUGUUAUGGGAAUGAAGAACUAAGUAUCUUGUAUCCAGCAGCAAUUGUGACAAUUGAUGGUUUCAGCCUAUUUCAGUCCCUUCGUGCAUGUCGCAAUCAGGUAGCAAGAGCUGCAGCAUCUGGCAAUGAGAAUGUUCAGCCUCCGCCAUUAGCUUAUAAGAAAUGGGGUUUGCAAGAUGUGGAUACGAUUGUUGACCACGCUAGUAUUGGCAUCAUGACACUGUCUCCUUUUGAUCAAAUGAAGACUGCCUCCAAUAUAGGUGGAUAUAAUGCAGCUAUAAAAAACAACCCACCUGCUAUGUCUCAGUAUGUUACUGUGGGAUCCAAUCCUUUCACUGGUUUCUUUUUUGCCCUGGAGGGUAGCUCACAGCCGCUGUUGUCUCAUGUUGCCUUAGCAGUUGCAAGUAAACUGACUUCUGCAUUAUUUAAUGCUGCCAGUGGCUGGCUUGGUUGGAAGAGUAAACAUGAAGAAGAACCUGCCCAAAAACAGAAACCAAAAGUUGAACCUGCAACCCCACUGGCAGUGAGGUUUGGACUUCCAGAUUCCCGUCGUCAUGGUGAAAGAAUAUGUCUUUCUCCUUGUAACACUUUGGCAGCAGUAACAGAUGCUUUUGGAAGGGUUAUUUUACUGGAUGUUACAAGAGGACUUGCAGUCCGCAUGUGGAAAGGAUACCGUGAUGCAGAAGUCGGCUGGAUACAGACAGUAGAGGACCUCCAUGAGAGGGAAACUGAGAAGAUGGAUUUUUCUCCUUUUGGAAAUGCUCAAGGUCCCAGCAGAGUGGCUCAGUUCCUUGUGAUCUAUGCUCCCAGGAGGGGCAUUCUGGAAGUGUGGAGCACGCAGCAGGGGCCUCGGGUUGGAGCCUUCAAUGUGGGGAAGUAUUGUAGAUUGUUGUAUCCUGGUUAUAAAAUAAUGGGUCUAAACAAUGUUACCAGCCAGGGCUGGCAGCCCCAGACUUACCAGAUAUGCCUUGUUGAUCCGAUCUCUGAAAGUGUAAAAACUGUCCAUGUACCUUUCCAUUUAGCACUGAGUGAUAAGAAGAGUGAGCGAGCAAAGGAUAUGCAUCUAGUGAAGAAGCUAAAUGCCUUACUCAAAGCUAAAACCUCAGAUCCAGAUUUGAUUGAAGCUGAAGCAAAGGAAUUAAUACUUGAUAUCAAAUACCCUGCUACAAAGAAACAGGCUCUGGAAAGUAUAUUGACAAGUGAACGUGUGCCACUUUCAUCUCUUACAAACAUCACUCAGACAUUAAUGGAUAAUUUAAAAAAACAGGAGCUUGAGUGUGUGGAUGAAGGACUAUUGCAGUUCUGUGCAAACAAGUUAAAGCUGUUACAUCUUUAUGAACUAGUUAACAAACUAAAUUCCCAAAGCAUACGGAAAGACACUCCACCCUCGGACAAUGACUUGGCUAAACUGCUUCGACUGGAAGAAAAGGAUUUCCAUAGACUCCAGACUUUACUGGAGAACUACAAGAAAGAAAACACUCAAACCCCUGUUCAGUUUGCUGGUGAGAAGGAUGGUGUAUUGUCUGUGAAAAUGUUCUUAGAAUAUUUGGAAUAUGAGAAGGACAUGAUUAAUGUGAAAAAUAUGGAAGACGGAGAAUAUGUGGCUUUAGGCAGCUUUUUCUUUUGGAAGUGUUUGUGUGGGGAGAGUUCCACAGAAGAAAUGUGUCGUGUGUUGGAAUCAGCACAUUUUAGACCUCAAGGCUUGUUGUCACUCCUUCUCAAUUUAUGGCUUUCCAAGGAAAAAGAUAUUCUAGACAAACCAGAUUCUGUCAGUUGCCUUCACACUAUGCUGUCACUUCUCAGCAAAAUGAAAGUUGCUAUAGAUGAGUCGUGGGAUACGCAGUCGGUUUCCCCCUGGUGGCAGCAAAUGCGGUCAGCUUGUGUUCAGUCUGAAAGUAAUGCCGCUGCCUUGUUGUCUGCUCACGUUGGACAUUCUGUAACUGCGCAGAUAAUCGACAGCGUGACAGAGAAGAAGUCUUCCCAAAUAACUGUAGGUUCGGACACGGAAUCCUGGGAAGCACUUUCCCUUGAUAGCGAAUAUUGGAAGCUUUUGCUGAAACAGUUAGAGGAUUGUCUGAUACUUCAAACACUGCUGCAUAGCAAAGUGAGCAACAGGACAAAAAGAGUUUCUUCACUCCAGACUGAGCCUUUGGGCAGGCUUUCUGUAAAGAAAUUGCUCGAAGCUGGAAAAGGAGGUAUUGCUGACACUGUAGCAAAGUGGGUUUUUAAACAAGGCUUCAGUCCUCUUGUACUGGAUUUGGCCCAACACAGGAACAAUGCAGAUAGUACUAAAGAAUCUAUGGAAACACAUACUAAUAUCUCUCUUGAGGAACCAGAAGCAGAUGCAGGCUUGGAAACAAUCCUUGAGCUGCUGCAACUGGCGUAUCGGCAAUUUCCAUGUAGUCUCAAGGUGGAUGUGCUCCACGCCCACUGCUGUUGGGAAUAUGUCGUGCAGUGGAAUAAGGAUCCAGAGGAAGCAUGUUUUCUCAUUAGGUCUAUAGAUCAUCUAAGAUCCAUCAUUAAUGCUCACGUCCAGCAUGGUAUCGCUCUGAUGAUGUGGAAUACAUUCAUAGUGAAAAGGCUUUCUUCUGCUACCUAUCUAAUGGACAAGGUUGGAAAAGCUCCAAAGGACAGAUUGUGCAGAAGGGACGUAGGUAUGGGUGACACUGCAAUGACAGCUUUUCUUGGCUGCUGUUCAGAUCUUCUGCAAACGUUGCUAGAGGCUGACGUUAGCAGUGAUGAAAUGCAGGCCCCUGUCUUAGACACCGAAGACGCUUGGAUGUCGGUGGAAGGACCAGUAUCAAUAGUGGAACUCGCCCUUGAGCAGAAACGCAUUCACUACCCCCUGGUCGAACACCAGUUUGUGUUAUGUAUGAUCUUGUAUGCCAUCAUGAGGUUUUCUUUGAGGAGCGUCAAGCCUCUUUCGCUGUUUGAUAGCAAGGGCAAAAAUGCGUUUUUCAAAGACCUUACUUCAAUUCAGCUGCUACCUAGUGGGGAUAUGGAUCCAAAUGUGUUAUCCAUACGACAACAGUUCUUGGUCAGAGUUGUGAGUGCAGCGGUCCAAACACUAUGUUCAUCACAGAAGGCCAAAGAAGUCUCAGAAGAGGAAUUGUUUCCUUUUGAAAAGGGGAAGAAUUGGCCAACUUUGGCUGUGGACCUGGCUCAGUAUCUUCAAGUCUCUGAGGAUGUGGUCAGAAGGCAUUAUGCCUGUGAGCUGUAUAGUUAUGGGAUGGAUCAUCUUGGUGAAGAGGCCUUUCUUCAGGUGACUGACAAAGAAGUGCUGGCAUCGCAGCUGCUCGUGCUGGCUGGGCAGAGACUGGCCUUUGCUUUACUUCAUACGCAGACAAAGGAGGGGAUGGAAGUCCUCGCUAGGCUGCCUCCAACGCUGUGUACUUGGAUCAAAGCUAUGGAUCCUCAGGAACUUCAGAACGUUGAAGUGCCAAUCGCAACGACAGCAAAGCUGGUUACCAAGGUCAUCGAGCACUUACCGGAGAACCACGGGCAGUACGGCCUGGCCUUGAACCUGAUCGAGGCCGUGGAGGCCAUCGCAUCGUGACAGCGCCGCUCUGCUGUGGAUGGAGCACGGCAGUGCGUGAUGUUACACAAGGAGGCUGAACCUUACAGAAGUAGUAAACUGUUGUGUGGCUCUUGUUAAAAACACCGCUCCCCAUCUCAGAAGGUAAUUUUAAAUUGGAGUAUAUUUUAAAUUCUGCACUAGUACAAAGAUGUUUAGUUUCUAGUACACUUGUCAGUAUCUGAAAUGCUUGGUUAUUUAUUUCUGACUUGAGCGCUUUUUGCGGUAGUCUAAAUUGGAUAUAUAUUUGACAGCAGUUUUAGUCCAUUUACAAAAUCACAUCUUGUGAAAUUCUGUAUUUCAUGCUGGCAGUCACUGCUGCAGUUUCAAUGUUCCAUGUAUGAUUUGUUUUUCAAAACAAGCUGUAGAAUUAGACCCGAGAAAAACUUCAGUCUCUGAAGUCACCAUGUAAAGCCAAUGCUGCUUUUUCAGAAGCUCGAGCUGGUGUUGGGCUCAAGCCUUGUAACCGCAUUAUAUGUGACAAUGACGACUGCACUAGACGUAGGAUGAAACGUGCUGGGGCCUUAUGCAAAGGGAGAACAGCCCACACUGAGAAACAGCUUGGGGAGGACAAUCCAAUUCUCCAGACACAAAUACAGACUCAGCUUUUAGUCCGGAUCUCCCAAUGUUGUCUCUAGGCUGCCGGGCUUCAGCUAAAACUGGAUUUACAUCCUUCUUUAUUACUAUGCUCUGCUGAGUUUAAGUAGGUCAAAGAGUGUCUUGCUGUAAGGUUGUUCCCCCAUCUUAUCACUGUAGAAGACGUAGUAUGCUAUAAAUCUCUGCGUAUGUUAACUUGUAGUCAAAAACUGCUUACGUAGUUGACCCAACUUCACUGAUGAUCUAUAGUACUAACUACUUUAGCCUUAAAGAAACCACUUUUAUUUACGAUACCUACAGGGAAUCAUAUAGUGAGUAUCUUCACUCUUGGAGUGGUAUUAAACAUGAUUAUCUUUCAUCAGUUAGUAAUGUUUACUUUCUACCUAAAGGAAGCCAGGAGAGGAAAAAUAAAAUUGUUGUAAACUGUUUUUGUGUUGAAGUCAGCUGAACUUGCCAUCUCGUGACCCGCUUUCAUAGUAUUCUGCCUGGCUGGAGACAGAAUUUGGUCUCACCUUUCUGAAGUAUGUGCUGCUGUCAUCUAAGGGUUAGACUCCCCCUAAAAAAAUGGUUACGGAGGUGGCUUGUCCUACAGCCUCCUUCAUGGGUUCAGCAUCUGCACUUUAAUGUAGCUGAUGAAGGCUUCUUGAAAUGUUUUGAUAUUAAAUGUGUGGCUUCCUGUAGUGACAGGAGAUCACACAGCGUAAAUAGCAAGAAUUCUAAUAAGAGUAAGUGGCCAGCCCUGAUCUGUGUUUUGCGUACUUCCAUGACUGAGGUUUAAACAGCUGUAGGGGAAAAAGGGGAGAAGGCAAGAUCGUACAGGUGGCUUUACUACCUUGCCUGACAGCACUUCAAACUUCUGCAGAAAUGAGUAUGCCAGAGAUUUUGGUCAUUAUGGAACCUGAGGAAAACCAAAAAUGUUUCUUAGUUGCAUUUACAUUCCUGUAUCCUGGUACAGCUGUGUGAAGGAUUUUACUGUAACUGAGUAUCAUGUCAGAGCGGACACACUACACCAAUCAAAUCUGUAAUGUAUUGUAAGUAAUACUCUGUAUAUAGUGCUAUUUUGUGUCUAAUUUGCUGUGGAUUUGUGUAAAUUGAAUAAAUAAAAUUUGAGGUUUCA